AUGGGCGCCGCUCGCUGCUCCCGGCUGCUGCCGCCGCUGUGGCUGCUGCUGCUCCUGGCGCCGUGGGGGCCGCGUGUGUCGGGGGAGCCCCGCUCGGCGCGGCGGCGCUGGCCGGUGCCCUACAGGCGCUUUGAUUUCCGUCCCAAAACCGAUCCUUACUGCCAAGCUCGCUACACCUUCUGUCCCACUGGCUCUGCCAUCCCGCUUAUGAAAGAAGAGGAUGUCAUUGAAGUUUAUCGACUACAGGCUCCAGUAUGGGAAUUCAAGUACGGGGACCUGCUAGGACAUUUGAAAAUUAUGCAUGAUGCUGUGGGUUUCAAGAGCUCUCUAACAGGCAAAAACUACACUAUGGAGUGGUAUGAGCUCUUCCAACUUGGGAACUGCACAUUUCCACACCUGCGGCCUGGCAUGGAUGCACCAUUCUGGUGUAACCAGGGAGCUGCCUGCUUUUAUGAAGGAAUAGAUGAUGCACACUGGAAGGCAAAUGGAACUUUGGUUCUUGUGACCACAAUAUCAGGAACCAUGUUUAAUGAAAUGGCACAAUGGGUAAAAUACGACAAUGAGACUGGCAUUUACUACGAGACCUGGACAGUUCAAGCAAGUCCUGACAAAAACUCAACAGUGUGGUUUGACUCUUAUGAGUGCUCCAAGUUUAUACUGAGAACCUACCAGAAACUAGCUGACUUAGGAGCUGUAUUUAGGAAGAUACAAACAAACUACACAAGCAUAAUUUUAUUCAGUGGAGAACCUAUUUAUUUGGGGAAUGAAACAUCUAUUUUUGGACCACAAGGAAACAAGACACUGGCAGCAGCUAUAAGAGACUUUUACAAUCCAUUUAAACCUCAUCAGAGUGUCAGAGAGUUUUUUGUGGAUCUUUUCAAAAUAAUUGAUCGUGUUAUCUUGAAUCAUCAGUUUUACCUCUUCUACAACUUGGAAUACUGGUUUUUACCUAUGAAGUCUCCUUAUCUCAAAAUAAUUUAUGAAGAGGUCCCUUUGCCUGUUGGAAGCAAAGCAUCCUCUGGUAUAUGAUGGUCUACUGAAGAACAAAACUUGCCUUUAUGGCAAAAAAUUCUUAAGGAUUUUGGAGCGCUACCAUGAUGAUGUGAAAGGGUUGUCUGUUUCACUGCCGACUGUAAAAGUUGUGUUGGGAAAGCUUUGCUGUACGAAGUGAAAGACUCAGCAUUUUUUUUCUUACUACCUGUAUAACACAUUCAUGAGUGCUUCAGCAUCUCUGACCUGGCCAGCUUCUGUGUAAGCAUGGCCCCUGCUGCCUGAGGGGAGACUGCAGUGGCUCCUCUGGCUGAGCUCUGCAGUGCCAGAGGGGGAAUGGGGAGGCAGCUGCCUGCUCUUGGCUCGGGGACUCUUUGCAUGCAUGGCCACGUGGCAGCAGAUGGCAUCUGGCCACCAGCAGAGGUGGGACACAAGUUACAAGGACUAACUCGCUCAACAUGAGCGUCUGGAUGUGUCCAGUUCCUUCAACAUGUGCCUUACACUGCUGUUCCUGUAGUUCUCUGGUUUGGAGAGCUGGGGCCUAUGAACUAUUCUCUGGUAUUCUGGGGCAGUGAAUGUACUGGAGGAUGGCAUGGGUGAUGCUUUUUCACCACUUUGCUUCCUUCAGCUGCACUGUAAACACCAUACAGAUGGCUCUUCUUCAGUUUCAUGUGUGUUCUGUGACACAGAUAAAAGCCAAACUGCCUGCCUUGA